AACUUGAGACAUAACCGACGCCAUUACUCAUCCCUCCUCGCCACCUUCAGCAGCCGAGCUGUUGUGGCUGCAGCAGACAGGGUGGGGGUGGGGGUGCACUUCAAUCCGUUCGUUCCGCACGCACCUCUCAACCAGGUCAAGUACGGAGUGACUGCAACAAAGGCUCUGCAAUCAGACCUCGCCACGUGGCAGCACCUCUACAUCAGUGGUCGCCUUCACAAGCCUGUGGAGAUUCUUAUCCCUCAUGAUCACAUUCUCUCGCUACAAUCACACAACUUGCGAGCAGCUGUGGCUGCGGCGCUGCUGCUUUUCCCCCAGACAUUCACAGAGCAUGAGCUGUACGAGGCAAUUUGUCGCAUUUCCUACACAGGCGAUGUGCGCAUGGCACUGGCUGAAGACCCCAACAAGAUUAGCAGAAUUGUCGCCGGUGGUUUCCACCAUUUCCGCUCGCUCUAUCGCUCCUCUCUCCAGCAUUUCGUCAACUCGGGCUGCCUCCACUGCAUUCCGUCCACUCCUGCCGAAUCUUCUGGAACUGGACUACAGAACAACAGACUGAUAGGGCAG